AUGCUAAAUAAGGUCGGCUCACGGCGCUUGGCAAUCGACGUGAAAGACCUGUGGCUCUGGUACGGCGACGGUGCUAAGAAAGUGGAGAUAUUUAAGGGCAUCAACAUCAACGUCCCUCGUGGCGGCAUCUACGCUCUCCUUGGCUCUUCUGGCUGUGGCAAGACUACGCUUCUAAGAUGCGUGUUGGGCCGAAAGCGUUUCCAACGAGGUCAGAUAAAGGUCUUUGGCACAGCUCCUGGAACUCCUGGUUCAAAGAUACCCGGGUCGAACGUUGGUUACAUGCCUCAAGACGUGGCUUUGUUCGACGCGUUCUCUAUUGACGAAACACUCGGGUUCUUCGGCCAGAUCUACGAAAUGCCGAUACAAGAAUGGAAAAGCCGCGAAGAGUUCCUGCUGCAGUUCUUCGAACUUCCUGACAAAUCCCGCUUGGUGAAGUACUUGAGCGGCGGGCAAAAGCGCCGGGUAUCCUUGGCUGCAUCCAUGAUACAUAAUCCUCCACUGCUUGUCCUUGAUGAGCCGACAGUUGGUAUAGACCCCGUUUUGAGAAGGUCCAUCUGGAAUUACUUGGUUACCCUAACUCAAGUGCACAAGAUAACAGUCAUAAUCACUACACAUUACAUUGACGAAGCACGGCUGGCAACUGUAGUAGGAUUCCUCCGGAACGGUGUCAUGCUAGCCGAGAGUUCCCCCCAAGACUUGAUGACCACCCACAAAGCAAGUAAUUUGGAAGAGGUGUUUUUGAUCCUUGCUAAAAUGGCGCCAAGUGAUAGUCCUCCACAGAGACAUGUGCGGGCAUCCCUGUUGCACUCCGUUGGAAGGGCUUUCGGUGGCGGUGAAGAAGGCCAGGGGGAAGAAACACAGUAUUCCUUUCUGGCUUCAGUGAGCGCUCACAAGAAAAGUGCUAUAUUCAAUGUCACCAGAAAAGAUUUUGAUCGCUCCAUAGCCAGGACACGGGCUCUCUUCCGCAAGAACGUCUUGAAGAUUACGCGUAAUCCAGGAUUACUUCUGUACAGCUUCUUGCUUCCUGCUAUAGAAAUAAUGCUAUUCUGCUUGGUGAUCGGUCGGGUGCCAUUUGACAUGACGAUAUCUGUAGUCAACGAGGAUUCGCCACCCAAGUACAGUCUCAAGUUCUUGGAAGAUACCGAUGCUGAGGUUCUCCCACAGGUGAGCUACAAGGAGUUGAAACCAGCUCUAGACUCUGUACACUCUGGCUUGUCAUACGGUGUGGUACACAUGACGCAGAACUUCAGCAAAGCCCUUGAGACGCGCUACCAGAGUGGUUUCUAUAUUGAUGCCAGUACAGCGGAUGAGAGCUCUAUCGACCUUAACCUCGACAUGACAAAUCAACAGAUCUACCUCACGAUAAUCGACCAGUUGCAAAUAUCUGCGAAAAAAAUGGUAUACGACAUGUUCGUGCAAAAGAAGCUCAGUACCGCAGGACUGGCUGGAUUUGUUAGGAUCCAGGAGCCCUUGUUUGGAAGCCGAAAUGCGUCAUUCACGGAGUUUGUGGCACCGGGGAUGAUCCUUACGAUUACCUACAUCAUGGCAGUGGGCUUGAGUUUGAACAGUCUCCUGGGAGAAAGAAAAGACGGCCUCCUAGAGCGAUGUACUGUAGCCGGCGUACUGUCCUACGAGGUCGUCCUUUCGCACGCACUGUCGCAGAUGUUUGUGGUCGUGGUCCAGGAUCUGCUUCUUCUGUUUGUCGGUUUCGUCGUCUUCCAGUUGCCCUCCAGGGGUUCAAUCUGGAUCGCCAUCCUGCUUACGUUGAGCCAGGGACUAUGUGGCAUGUCACUUGGCUUAAUGAUCUCAUCGCUGUUCGAGAGCCCUGCCACUGCUGCCAUGCUGGCAGCGGGCCUCAAUUAUCCCAGCAUGCUCUUGAGUGGCAUCCUAUGGCCAGUGGAAGGGAUUCCAAUCCAGAUGCGGUGGUUCUGCUACAUCCUGCCGCAAACAAUUCCUUCGGAUUCCUUCCGUAGUGUCAUCUACAGAGGUUGGAGCAUCACCCACAUGAGCGUCUGGUUGGGCUUUGUCGUGACAUUCGUCUGGAUCAUAGUCUACCUAUUGGCAACCGUCAUCUUCUUUAAGCAGUGACGUCGUGCUGGACCGCUAUCUGCAUAUUGAAGUCACCGAUAACAGUCGCUCAGCCAAAAAUAACCUGAUAACCAGUCUGCAUAAAUCACAGUAUUUGAAAUA